CUAAGGGAUAUAAUAUCAUAGAAGCUAAAUAACCGAUUCAAAAAUCGAAAGCUAACUCCUAUAUCCACCAUCCUCACCACCCACCUCUAGCUUGCAAGAUGAAUAGGCUUGUUGUUUUCUUCACUUUCUCCAUCUUAGCCCUUCUCUCUCAGGCAAUUGAACUCGACUUUUGUGUUGGUGAUCUUAAUCUGCCUAGGGGACCACAAGGCUAUGCUUGUAAGAAUCCUACUACAAUCACAACGGAUGACUUUGUUUACACUGGUUUUCGUGGUGAAAAAGCUACCACAAACAUUUUUAGAAAUAAUGUGACUCUAGCAUCUGCUGAGGCCUACCCAGCAUUAAAUGGCUUGGGUAUCUCCAUGGGAAGGUUAGAGUUUGGUGUAGGAGGAGUUAUCCCGCUACACUCUCACCGUACCUCUGAAGUUAUUAUCGUGAUACGUGGUACAAUCAUUGCAGGUUUUAUUGAUACAAACAAUAGAGCAUAUUAUAAAAGGUUAGAGGUUGGUGAUGUCAUGAUCUUCCCACAAGCCAUGCUUCAUUUCCAGAUCAAUGUUGGUAGAACUUCAGCCACUGCAUUUGUUAGUUUGAAUGGGGCAAACCCGGGAUUUCAACUCACUACACCCUCCUUGUUUGCUGGCAACUUGCCUGCUCAGAUAGCCGAACAAAUCACACUCCUAAGCCAUAAUGAAGUAAUGCGAUUGAAAAGAGCGUUCGGCACCGCGUAAUAUCAAUGUGUCACAUUCUUUAAUUAUUUCACAUAUAUCGUAUCAAUUUUAUUUUUAGUGUGAAGCAUGAUGUAUUCAAAGGCCAAUAAAUUUGAAACAUUUUAAUAAAUCAUGUUCCUUGAAUUACAUGGAGCUUUUUCAAGGGAAUUAGUUAC